AUGAGUGUUGGAAGCAACAAAUUUAAUUUUUUGAGAUCUUCACCAUUUGGAACAAACGGGAACAUCAUUAUCGACUCUGGCACGACGCUUACAUUCUUACAACUGGACAUCUUUGCUAGCUUCUCUCAGGCAAUUUCGGAGGUGAUGGACCUCAAGUCCAUGACUAGUCCAAUUCAAACCUUGGAGUAUUGCUAUGAGAGAACCACCAACGACUAUAAGGUGCCGCCUGUCACAGCGCACUUCAAAGACGACGACGUGAAUCUCAAGCGAGAAAAUCUGUUCAUUAGGGUGGUGGACGACGUCGUUUGCUUGGCAUUUGUUGGCAACAGCAGGGAAAACAACAUGCAAAUCUAUGGCAACAUUGCACCGACUAACUUCUUGGUUAGCUGUAAUAUCAAGAAAUCAUCUAUUUUUUUCAAGCCAGCAAAUUGUGCUGCCUCGUGA